AUGGAAACACUUACAGUUACUCUGGCUCAUAAAGACAACUACAUCGGUACUCUUGAGACAGACCUUGAGGAUCUAAAAUUAAGCCUUAAACAAGAAAUUGAUAGGCUUUCAAGAGACAAUAAACUCAAAGAUCAGCACAUCAAACGACUGGAAAGAAAUACGAAGACUCUUGAUGACGAGGUUUUUGAAGUAGAGCAAAGCUACCUGUCCACCAUUUCAUCACAGAAGGUUUUAUCUCAGGAGAUCAACGAGCAUGUUUGCAAAAUUCAGUCUUUGGAACAGAAACUUUUGGAUGGGGGACUUGAUAAUGUCAAAGAACUAGAGGAAAGAAACAAAUUCUUAAGUGAUCAAAUUUCGCAGGUGGAAGUGAAGAACACCCAAUUAAUAGUUGAACUUAAUAAAUACCAACAAAAACUUAUGUCUCUGGAAAGUGACAUGAGGGAAAUGACGACGGAACGGAGUCAAAUGCUGACGACUAUCAAUACGCUAGAACAACAAAGUGAGGCAUAUACGUGCAUGACAAAUGAAAUAAAAAAUACCCAUCUUCCGGUGACAACAGUAAAAGAAAAAGGUAUUCUAACUUUCAUGGAUAGUAGUAAAAAAAGAAAGGAUGGGAAACACAUUUUGUUAAAGGAUGAAACCUCUGUAACUGUUCAUGAAAAAUGCAGAAAAAUCUACAAUAAGCAGUCCUACAUUGAUGCUGCACUAGCUGAGCAGUCUUCUAAACCUAGCGCCUCUAGGAGAUCGAAUCAACCGCUGUUUGAUUUCAAGGGACACUGUCUCUUUUGUGGAAAAGAUGCCUCCGAUCAAUUUAUAGAACGUCAAAAAAAAUUAAACCAAUCACGACGCGAAAAAGUUCAUGAAGUGACUAAACUGGAUUUUAAGCAAAAGGUUAUUGAUGCAGCUAAAACAACCAGGAAAAGUGAUGAAUGGAGUAACGCUGUAGUUUUUCGAAUUGAAAAUGAGAUUGAUCUUAUUGCAGCUGAAGGGAGAUACCUUGAAGCAAAUGAAGACCAAUGCCAGUUUGUACUGAGUGAUAUUCUCAAAGAUUAUAGUGGACCAAUCCCAACAACCCACAUUCUGAAAAAAAGGCUCGAGAAUGUUUAUGGAGACGACAUUAUAGUUACAAUUGUAGGAGAGUACGUAAUGUCACUGUCUACCGGAGUUAUAGGAGAUGAAAACGUAAAUUGCCAUCUUUCAGACCAAAUCGGAAGUUCCAGUCUCGAAAGCAUUAUUGGAAGCAAUUUUGGUCAAGUGAAGUUCUCCAGAAAGAAAAGAGUGCUACCAAUGCGUGGCUUCACCAGCAGUGUCAAGUUGCAUGACGAAGUAGUGCCAGUUGACCUAUAUACCAUUUUCAGGAGAAUCUCAUUUCAUAAAAAAACCGAAUACGAACUCAAAAACUACUUUACAUAUGAAUUGGCUCCAUACCCACCAUCUUUAUUUGAUGAACAAGGAAUGAUGAGGAAGUCACGUAAAUCCGUUUUCUAUGAUUUGUUUAAUCCAGUGGAAACCCCGUCAAACAUCGGAAGUGCACUUUAUGUGAUCGACGGUGGCUUUCUACUUCACCGAGUACCGUGGGAGUUGAGGGAAAGAUUCUCGUCAAUACUUAACAAAUACGUGGAAUAUGUCAAAAAAUACUUUGGGUCACGAUCAAUCAUUGUAUUUGAUGGCUAUCCAGACGACCCUGGAGAAAAGAGCACAAAAUCUGCAGAACGCCUCAGAAGAAACAAGUUCAUGGCCGCAAAUGUUAAGUUUGACGAAUCCAUGUUAUUGACAAUAUCAAAAGAUAAAUUUCUUUCGAAUGAAGGAAACAAAAAACGAAUGAUCUCAAUGCUGAUCAAGAAAUUUUCAGAGGAAAAUAUCUCUGUCGAACAAGCUGCAGAGGAUGCCGAUAUAACCAUUGUCCGACGAGCUAUGGAAAAUGCUACACACUCUGAAUGUGUGGUUGUGGUAGGAGAAGACAUAGAUCUUUUGGCUACUCUUCCUGCAACUGAAGAAGCUGCUAGACUGCACUCAAUGAGGGCCUUCCUACAGGUUAAUUUGUGGAAUGGUCAUGAUAUGGAUCCAGUUCAAUGGGGAUGGAAGAUAACUAAGCAUGGGCUGCUCCCAGUACCAUCGACAGCCGAACAAGCCCCGCAGGAGUUGCUUAAUAACACUGCCUGCAAAUGUUCAAAGGGGUGCCGAAAUGCGUGUGGUUGUAGGAAACAAGGAAUGAAAUGUUCUCCAAUAUGCUAUAAUUGUAGAGGAGCGUCCUGCAGCAAUACACCAGAUGAAAUUAUUGACGACACAAACUUAAUGGACGACGAAGUGAAGCUAUCUGAUAAUGAUGACGAACUUGAUGAGCUUCCGGAUGACGAAGACCUUAAAGUGGACCAAUUGAUUCAGUCAGCUUCUACUUCCAAACGCAGCAAAUUCAAUUAA